AUGCACUGGCGAACACCAAGAGACAAAUCCCAGACCUGCCACACCCCAAUCCUCCUAGAUGGACAAGAAUUCCAACCCGGGCAUCAAGUCAGAUGGGUGGGCUUCUGGCUCUCCCCCUCCUUUAACCCCAACACCCACUUCCUAAGGAGACUAGCCUCAGCAAGGUCGGCCUUCGGCCUUAUCCAACGCUUCUCAUCCGCAGGCAAAGGCCUCUCCUCCCGCAACUGCCAAAAGGCCGCCACCCUAGCGAUAAGACCCAUGCUUACCUAUGGCGCAAACGUCCUCACCCCAACCUCCGCCCUCAAACCAAUGACGAUCUUCUGGAACUCUAUACUCCGGUGGGCCACAGGGUGCUUCAGGGCAACCAACCGCAAAGUGCUAUGGGCGGAGGCGAACACGCCCCCCCUGGACCUCUACCUACACUACCUCAAAUGCAAAUACGCCAUUCGAAUCCUACAAGCAUGCCCCCUCGGCAACCUUGUAACCGGCAGGACGAGCCCCUCCUUCCCAACGAUCUCCAACCAUAGAACAUUCUCACAUACCCAACUCCUCAAAGGGCUCCCCAAUCCCCCCAAGAAAUGGAACUCAACCGCGCUCAAAGGCGUCGCACACCUACCCAUCGAAUUCCUCGGAUCCCUCCUUCUCCCCUUGAUAAGAGAAGGCGUUGCCCCGGAACAAAUGAAUCGCUAUGCAAAAACCCAACUACUCGUCAACUGGCAACUACACUAUGCACCCCCAGAAUACUACGCCCACCCUCUCUCCACCACCCCGCUUCCCUUCAACGACCUCCUCAAAUUCGUUGCAACCCGAAUCCAUCAAUUCAGAUCAGGGAAGAGCUAUCUCCGAGCCCAAAAGACCUGGAUGACCGCCCACACCCCCUCUACAUGCGAACGAUGUAAUGCAGCGGAAGAAACACCAGAGCAUGUCAUCCUCCACUGCCCCAAACUCGCCCCAAAUAGACAUGGUCUACUACGAACCAUCACAUCGCUGAACGAUAUCUGGAACGACCAGACCCUUACCACAGCACUAGGCGCCUUCAUAGUUUCCACAAGAAUGAGAUAUCCCAGAAGCGCCCCCCCAUCACCCCUCGCUACAGGCUCCACAACUAUAUCGACCCUCACAUCGAUAUCCACUAUAUCCUCACCCCUCACACCAACGGGACCAAUACCCGCGAUCUAUGCUUCCUAG